CUCGGUGGAGUUGUUACGGCGUCGUCCAAGAAAUUUAGCGCAACUAUUACGCGAACGUAGGCAGAUAAAUGUGGUUGUCAUCAUUUUCGUUUGCGGUACAAUUUCUCUUUCUUUUCUUGUAAUUAAGAAUAAUGGAACUUUCUAUUGGACAAAAUUUAAUCAAGUGGCCUUCGUCUCUGUAAAAAUCGUGUUCUUGAGGAGAUGAAGUGCAAGAGGUACAACUUUCCAAACCAUUUCUUCACAGCGUUUCUAUUUGCUUUAGGAACGCUCAAAACUGCGGCUAGUUUAAAGAUAAGAAACUUGCAAGUACCGGAAAUCACAGAAUUCGGCAGCCCGGUGGUCUUAGACUGUGAUUAUACGUGGGACGACCUAAAGGAUGAUGGACUGGUGGUGAAAUGGUUUUUCAAUAACGGACGAACGCCUAUUUAUCAGUGGAUAACGAAUAAGAAACCCCAAGCAUUAGGAAUUUUGAAGGGACGACUGAAUUUAGAAUAUUCCGCCAGUCAGAAUCAGAAUAGUAAACACAGGGCACUACACAUAACGAAACCAGCUCCCGAAUUAUCUGGUGAUUACACUUGUUCAGUUUCCUCAUUCAACGAUGAAGACAGCCGGACGAAGAGCAUGCUUGUAUUUGUUCCAGGAAGAAGUUUGAAUUUACGACAAGAGAGGAGCGGAGAGAACCUAAUCCGAGUUUAUUGUACGGCUGAAGGGGUUUUCCCGAUUCCUGAAAUGACUCUUUUACAGGGUGAAAGCGAAAUAAACGAUUCUGUGGUGACGAUAGAGAAAAAGGGAGGUCUGUAUAACAUCAAGGCAUUCACAGAUCUGCCCCGCUUAGCGUCUGCAAAGGAAUUCUCCUGCGAACUUCGAAUCCCACAGGCCAAUUAUACCGUCAGGAAAGAAGCCGUCUACUACCCGAAUGGCAGUCGCUGUUUCAAUGAAUCCACUUCCGUUCUUGUGGCAGUAUGUUUCGCUUCUGCCUUUGCUAUCCUUUUCGGACCUUUCGCUUGAUUCUCUUCGAAUACUUCACACAUUUCGUGUGUUAUAAUAUUUUGUAAGUUGAUGUCAAGAUUUUGUAUAAAUAAAGUAAAUGUAUGAUUGUUAA